AUGAAAAGUGUUGUCGAAGGACAGUGCGGACAACAAAAUGCACUUGUCGGGCUCGCAACAUCCAUCGGAACAUCGAAUCAACGAAUCGCGCCUUCCAGUGCGGCGGCGAGCACGUUUAUGCCAAACUCGACAAUUGGAGAGCGGAUGGCUGAUGAGUUUAUGAGAAUGCGAGCUCAGGCGAAUGCUCCAACCAGUUUUAAUAUGAAUUCACUUCAACAAAAUUUGCCUCAAGCAUCGGCAUCAUCGGCGCUAGCCAAAGAGUGGAGCAACGAUUUUCAGCCAAGACAAAAUCAGUUAGCCUCCCAAUGGGCCAAUCAAUAUUCUGCGAAUCAUUUAAUGAAUUAUGAUUCAGCAUGGCGUCAGGCUAUGCCUGCUUCUUCCUCAUCGGUUCAAGCGCCGGUGUCGAGUUCAAUGUGGUCGGCCGAGUUCCUUGAUAAUGCCGAAUCUUCACUCCAGCAAGGAUCCUCGAAAGGAGAUCAAUGGGCUGACGAGUUCUUGAACCAUUCGCAAGAUACAUUCAAAGGAACUCACAAUGAAAUGUACGAACCGUUUUGGGAUGAAUUUCAAAAGAAAAUUGACUCAUUAGACAAAAAAGAAGAUUAUGUAUAUCAAGAAGCAAAUCCAUUCGUUUCGAGCCAAAAUCCGUUGGCAGAAGGCGAUGCACUAAUGCGACAGGGUGAUAUUGGAAACGCAAUGCUCUCUUAUGAAGCAGCUGUUCAGAAAAAUCCACAGGAUGCAAAUGCUUGGUGCCUUCUGGGACUCGCUCACGCGGAAAACGAAAAAGACCAACAAGCACUGGCAGCUUUUAAUAAAUGCCUCGAAAUUGAUCCGACGAACCAACAAGCUCUUCUUUCGCUAGCCGUCUCACUUGCCAAUGAAGGAAUGGAAAACGAAGCGGUUCAUCGUUUAGAUAAAUGGCUCUCAUCGUAUAUUGGUUCGAAUGCAACCGAAGUUUCAAGCCCUAAUAUUGGGCCAUCCUCAUUUUUGGAUCAUGAUGCAUUCAAUUUAGUCGAAGCACGAUUUUUGAAUGCUGCUCGACAACAAACAACACCUGAUCCCGAAUUACAGAAUGCGCUUGGAGUUUUGUACAAUUUGAAUAGAAACUUCGAUCGGGCCGUCGAUUCAUUGAAAUUGGCAAUCUCCCAAAGACCUGACGAUGCACGACUUUGGAAUCGCUUGGGCGCAACAUUGGCGAAUGGUGAUCGAACAGCAGAAGCUGUUUCUGCGUACCGUGAAGCUCUAAAAAGAUAUCCGACUUAUGUUCGUGCUCGUUAUAAUUUGGGAAUUUCAUGUAUGCAGCUUUCCACUCACAGAGAAGCGAUGAAUCAUUUCAUAUCGGCACUUGAAUUGCAAAAAGGAGGCGUCCAAAACAGCGGAAUUUGGAGCACAUUGCGAUCGGCGGCGAUUCGAACAAAAAACAUUCCUGAUAGCGUUUUGAACGCAAUCGAAGAACGAAAUUUAGACGCUGUUAAAGCUAAUCUUCAAAAUGUUUGA